UGUGGCGCGGCCUUUGUCUCUCGCCGCAGGAGCUCCGGGUCUCGUCUUCCCUUCUCCGUGUCCUGUGCUCUGCGCCUCUGUGGCCCUGCGACCUGAAGGUAUUGGGAGUCCCACAGCUAGGACGCCGGGAUCCCCUGGAACCCUAGAAAUGGAGACACUGACAUUUAGGGAUGUGGCCAUAGAAUUCUCUCUGGAGGAGUGGCAAUGCCUGAACCCUGCUCAGCAGAAUUUAUAUAGAAAUGUGAUGUUAGAGAACUACAGAAACCUGGUCUUCUUGGCAGGUAUUGCUGUCUCUAAGCAAAACACGAUCACCUGUCUGGUGCAAGGAAAAGAGCCCUGGAAUGUGAAGAGACAUGAGAUGGUGGCCAGACCCAACGCUAUGUGUUCUUAUUUUCCCAAAUACCUUUGGCCAGAGCAAGACAUAAAAGAUUCUUUUCAACAAGUGAUACUGAGAAGAUAUGGAAAAUGUGGACAUGAGAAUUUACAGUUAAGAAAAGGCUGUGAAAGUGUGGUGGAUGAAUGUAAGGUGCACAAAGAAGGUUAUAAUGAACUCAACCAGUGUUUGACAACUACCCAGAGCAAAAUAUUUCAAUGUGAUCAAUAUGUGAAAGUCUUUCAUAAAUUUUUAAAUUCAAAUAGACAUAAUAUAAUACAGACUAGAAAGAAACCUUUCAAAUGUGAAAAAUGUGACAAAUCAUUUUGCAUGCUUUUACACCUAAGUCAACAUCAAAGAGUUCAUACGGGGGAGAAUUUUUACCAAUGUGAAGAACAUGGCAAAGCCUCCAAGUGGUUCUCAGCCAUUACUGGUCACAAGAGAAUUCAUAUUGGAGAGAAACCCUUCAAAUGCAAAGAAUGUGGCAAAGCUUUUAAGCAUUCCUCAACCCUUAUUACACAUAAAAGAAUUCAUACUGGAGAGAAACCCUACAAGUGUAAAGAAUGUGGCAAAGCCUUUAAUGAGCCUUCAAACCUUACUACACAUAAGUUGAUUCAUACUGGAGAGAAACCCUACAAAUGUGAAGAAUGUGGCAAAGCCUUUAACCAGUCCCCACUACUUACUGCACAUAGGAUAAUUCAUACCGGAGAGAAACCUUACAAAUGUGAAGAAUGUGGCAAAGGCUUUAACUGGUCCUCAACCCUUACUAAACAUAAAAGAAUUCAUACUGGAGAGAAACCCUACAAAUGUGAAGAAUGUGGCAAAGCCUUCAAUGAGUCUUCAAACCUUAGUACACAUAAGAUGAUUCAUACCGGAGAGAAACCCUACAAAUGUGAAGAGUGUGGCAAAGCUUUUAAUCGGUCUUCAAUCCUUACUACACAUAAGAGAAUUCACACUGGAGAGAAACCCUAUAAAUGUGAAGACUGUGGCAAAGCUUUUAAUCGGUCCUCAAACCUUACUAAACAUAAGAUAAUUCAUACUGGAGAGAAACCUUACAAAUGUGAAGAAUGUGGCAAAGCUUUUAAUCGGUCUUCAAUCCUUACUGCACAUAAGAAAAUUCACACUCGAGGGAAACCCUACAAAUGUGAAGACUGUGGCAAAGCUUUUAAACGGUCCUCAACUCUCACUAAACAUAAGAUAAUUCAUACUGGAGAGAAACCUUACAAAUGUGAAGAAUGUGGCAAAGCUUUUAAUCGGUCCUCAAUCCUUACUACACAUAAGAAAAUUCACACUCAAGGGAAACCCUACAAAUGUGAAGACUGUGGCAAAGCUUUUAACCGGUCCUCAAACCUUAUUAAACAUAAGAUAAUUCAUACUGGAGAGAAACCUUACAAAUGUGAAGACUGUGGUAAAGCCUUUAACCAAUCAUCAACGCUUACUAAACAUAGGAAAAUUCAUACUAGAAAGAAACCUUACAACUAUGAAGAAUGUGGCAAUGCUUUUAGUCCUUGAACCUUAUUAAACAAAUAAUUCAUACUGGAGAGAAACUCUACAAAUGUGAAGAAUGUGGCAAAGCUUUUAACCAGUUCUCAAGUCUUACUAAGUAUUAAAUUCAUACUGUACAG